UUUGGGAGGCCGAAGAUGGCCGCUCCCUGGAGCUGCUGGGGCCCGGCGCGGUGGGGGGCCCCAGCAGCAGAGCCCGGAGCGGCGAGGGGGGCAGCGGCGCCGGGCCUGGGCUGCCCGCGGGCCGCUGUGCGCAGCGCCGAGCACCCCCAUGCUGGUUGAAAGCAGCGGCCCUGCACAGCGACCCAGGGCCCCCGUGCGGGGCCAGUCGCCGCCUGGCUUCCCCUGCCACUGCGCCUGGGCGCUAAGGGCAGCGCGCAUCCCCCGGGGAGAGGGAAAGAUCAGCCCCUCUGCCAGCUGGCUCGCGUGUGCCCGGCCAGGUCAGGUUACCUGCCUUGCGGAGCGCUGGCCCUGGCAGGCUCCGCACCAGCCUCGCUUCGCACCCAGUUUUACGCCUCUGCAGGGGCAGGUUUGUGUCCCAGCAGACGAGCCCCCCGAGGGCAGGUGGUGACCGCGGAGAGGCGGCGGCGUGUAUCUUUGUUCAUACACCCACCUGUGGCUUCGCCAAGUGAUCUCCCCCGUGCACGAGUAAACACGAGUACCCCUGCCGGUCCUCCCCUCCUUAGGUAACACUCGGGUCUCCCUGGGAGCCCGGGCUCUGGCCGCAGACCCAUGCCCAGGAGAAUAACCCCGGAGCCCCCAGUCCCUCUGGUCUGCAAACCGCACUGUGCGCCUGGGAGAGGAGAAGAAAGUUGCCUCCAGUUCCCCGCAGCCCGUAUCAACGAGCACAUGCCAGGAGCUUCCUCCCAGCUGGGCGAGUUGCCCCUGGGUCUUUCUACUGGGCUUUACAGUCGCUAAUUCGGGUUAAAAGUAACCCACCCCCAACCUCACCUCUGCCCUAGCGGGGGGCUGCCUUCAGACAUGGGUCUGAUUUUCUGGACACACCAGUUCUGGGCAGCCCCAGAAUUUCUUCCCCUCCCCUCCUUGCUGGGGAUGGUUCGCGAGCCCAGGAUGACUUUGAUUUCAGCACGUUGGCUGUUGUAUUCACGUCACAAGUUUGACAGCUUUACACCAAAUCAGAGCGCUGGGUUUGCAGGCAGCUCCGAGGCGUCAGCUCCUUUAGGUUAGAGCUCGCCUCCCCUGCCUUUCCCCCUCCAGAGCCAAGUCAAGCUCGCUGGGGCUUUCAGAGGAACCCUGCUCCCCAGCCCUGCCUCUCAAGCUGGCACUGCGAUGAGUGCCCUGCUGUCCUGCCCAGACCCGGCCUUUGCAGGGGGCCCGAGCGCGGACUGUCCUUAUGCCGCCUCGACGUCAGCAGCCGGGGCGGAGGUUUGCAAGGAGACUUGGGUUUCUUUCUGGGCGGCCGGGCUCCUGGACAGCCCCAGCGAGAGCGCGCAGGCAGGACCGGCUGGGGAAGAGCCCAGAAUGGAGCCCAAGUGUUUUGAGUCCGAGCACAAUGACUUGGCCACUGGCCCAAGCUGCCUCGCAAACAAUUUCCCCAAGUUUCGGGUCUUGCAAAGAAGACAUUUCAACAUAAAGAAUGAAGAGCCAGAGGAAAAAUAUCUUCCAGGCGCCAAAGACCCGUUCUGUGGCUUGGACUUUACUAUUCCAGAUGACACGUGGCAAGAAGAUCAGCUGUCCUCCCAGCUCUACAGAAACAAACAGCUACAAGACACCUUGCUCCAGAAAGAAGAGGAACUUGCUAGGUUACAUGAAGAAAAUAACAACCUCCGCCAAUACCUGAAUUCAGCCGUGGUUAAGUGCUUGGAAGACAAGGCCAAGAAACUGCUGCUGCCCAGUGGCAAGAAGAAACCAGCCAGUCUCAGAAAUGGCAAGCGGAAAUUCAAAGAGGGUGGCUACCUUGCCCUGCGAGAGAUGCCUCACCCCUCCAAAGCCAGGAGGAACCUGCUCCGUGAUUUUAUUGCCUGUGAAGAACAAGCUGCCCCGGCUGUAGAUACCUGGGUGCUGCAAACCCUUGGACUGAAAGAUAUCGACACCAUUGACGAGUCUUUAUCAGCUAACUACAGUGCCCUGCCCUCGGAACUUGGGGCAAACCCGUACUGCCCGAGCCAGGGGGAGGCAAUGGACUAUUGCAACGAGGACUCGAUAGCUGCGUACGGCUGUGCUCCGAUGAUUCCUAUAACCUGUGUGGCCAGUCCUGGGAAGCAGGAUUUACCCUACAACCAGCCACCGCGUGCUUCCUCGGUGCUGCCCAGCGGGGCCCCUUUCGGAUUGCCUUACUUCGCCAAGGACGUAUCACCCAACAAAACCGAUGUGGCCUUCACAACCUCCCUGAGCCCCCACCGCAACGUCAAGACACACACCUUCCAGCAGGGCCAGGCCUUCGUGCGCCGAGAUGAGGACGGAGGCUGGAAAUUCACCUGGGUCCCCAAGCAAGCCGAGUGAUUCCCUUCCGCUCCGCCCUCGCUUCUGAGCACUGCCAUAAGGGACAUGUUUACAAACACAACGGCAGAAGCCUUUCUCGCCCUUGAGGUGGAUGCUGGGAACCGAGGCCACCUUCCCUCAAGGCUGUUCUGUCUUGUCUGAAAUGCUACACUCCAAUCCUUGCGUCUAGUUCUCGCAGGGACGGCCCCAAAAGUAUCCACACAGAGCCAGAGGUACAAAGCAGCCCCCGGCAUCUACCACCACUUAGUCAAAAUCCUUCUGCUGCCAGCCAGCUCCUGCCAUCCUGUAUUUUCCUGGCUGAAAUGUACCCAACUAUUGCUGUUUCUGACUGUCUGGUGACUAUCCUGCCUGGACUGGCAAGCCAGGGGCUGGAACAGCACUUUUGGGAGAGCAGUUAAGGAAUAGACUCUGCUCCAGCCCUUUUGUGCCAGCAGCCAAGGGGACCACAGACCAAUGGAGACUGGUUUGGUAGCUUGCUCGGUGGUGGGGAAGCCUUGGAGAAUGAAACCCCUAGCGGCUGCAUAAAUUGCUUAGCAGUGAAGCAAUCCUUUCAUGAAAGACCGAGUUGGCUCACACCACAGUCAUGUAGGGCUGUCUUCUUUUGAUGCAUCCUCAAAAUCAGCAGGAUUUGCUCUGGUUGCCUUCAGGCUGCAUUGAAGUUACAAGCAACAAGGCAAAUUGAAUGGAUUUCUGUGCUCACCGAGCCACUAACGCAUUUACCCACAAGGCUUGUCCAAGCUAUUUCCCUGGCGCUGUAGGAGGGGUAGCACUCUCUUGAAAUACAGAUCCUGGGUCAAGCCCUCAGUGGCUGUCAAUUGGUUUAACUCCACUGACGUCACCAGAAGAGGCUCUGGUCCCACUUUAGAAUCAUAGAAUCCUGGGGAUGGCAGGAGUCAUCGUGUCCAGCCCCCUGCCCAACGCAGGACCAACCCCAAC